GACACCAUGCCAGGCAAGCGUCGCCCGCAGGCGGCAGCCCCUCUGGUGGCAGAGGACAAGCUCCUGCUGCUGCAGAGCCAAGCGCUGGCUGAGGAGGAGGCAGCCAAGAGGAAGAGGGAGCUGCUCACCCAGUUCCUGCAGGACAAGCUGGCUAAGGAGAAGCGCGACAGCAGCCUGAACCUCCACAAGCUCAACACGCAGUGGCGGGGGGUGCUGCGGGAGACCAAGAACAAGGAGCUGCACCAGGACGUCGAGAUCCUCAGCCAGACCUUUGAGAGGGUGAUGGACUGCAAGGACAGCGUCAUCGAGUCCCUGGCUGCAGACCUGGAGGAGGCAGAGGAGCAGCACGCCCAGGCCCUGCGCAGUCACCUGCACAACGUCGACCGCCUGCUGCAGCUCCAGCGCUGCCGCCUGACGUGCCUGGAGGAGGGGUACAACGCCCAGCUGGAGGCCCUGAAGGUGGAGUUUGAGGCUGAGAGGAGGACCAUCCUUGAGCAGCACGAACAAGAAAGCUGCUUCCUGCGGGAUGUGGCACUGGGUGCAGAGCAGAAUUACGCUGAGAGUGACCAGGAGACCAUGCUGAAUUUCCAGAGCGCCUGGGAUGACAUCAAGAACAAGAGCCUGCAAGAAAAGCAGUACAGCCGCACGCAGCUGGGUGGGAAGGUGGAGGUGCUCUGGGAGCAGUUCCAGCAGACCACGCAGAGCUACAUGGAGGCCACCGAGCACCAGAUGGCUUUUGAAACGCUGAAGCAGAAGGUCGAGAGGAGUUCCAGGGAUAUAGAGCUGCACGUGAAGAAGCUACAAAAGCUCCAGGACUUGGUCACAGCCACCAAGGGCCAGAUCACAGCUCACCUGCGGGAGAGCGAGGAGCAGAACCGGCCCAUGCGGGAGAGGAAGGAAAAGCUCCUCAGGCAGCUCCAGGAGCUCAGGAGUGAAAUUAACCAGGCCAGGGCAAAGGCCCACGGCAGCCUGGCCAGGCUCACGGCACAGAGUGGUGCUGCCCUGAAGACACUGGUGCGGGUGGUGGAGAAGGGCCAGCGCAUCCUGAGGUUGGCUGAGAUGUGCCGCAGGCUGGAGACGGAGGAGGAGAAGGUGCUGCCCUUCUACCCUUCCUCGCUAGCAGAGGGGGAACAGCAAGAUGCCCAGCGAGUCCUUGAGGAGCCACCCACAGAGUCCCUGGCCCAGGCCAUGCAGGACUACGUGGGGCUGGAGCGCUUCUGGCAGCGGUUCAGCAAGGCAAAGCUGGAGGAACAGGCGCUGGAGCGGGAGCAGGCGGCGCUGAGGCAGAGGAACCGGCGGCUGCGGGAGCUGCUCCAGCAGUACCUGGCGGGGAUCUCCGUCAGCCAGGAGAUGCUGGACCAGCCCAGCCCCCUCCUUGCUGUUGAGCACAAGAGCUGUGUCCCCAAGGACUUGCCCCAUGCCAAGGUGGGGCGUGCAGCCCAACAGCCUCCUGAGAGGAGGAUGGUCACCCAGAUGCCAUCCAUAGCUCUGCAAGCACCAGCUGAGAGUCCCCCCAAUGAGACCAAGACACCCUGCCUGGCACUUGGAGACACCGCGGAGACUGUGACUGCCUGGAGAUGCCAUUAA